GCGCCGUUCUAACAGAACAUUUGAAAGACCAGUACAAGGAACUUCCAGAUCACCAACUGUUGGUGUAUACAUUUGUUCACAUUUACCCAGCUGAAUACUUAAGAUCCGUGCCUUUUAUGCAGGUUGUCUACUUAUAAAAGACAAUGACUACUGAUGAAGCUGCCAAGAACAAUGGAGAAAGCCCCGCAGCAGCUGUUGCUGAACAGGGAGAGGAUAUUACCUCCAAAAAAGAUAGAGGAGUAUUAAAGAUUGUCAAAAGAGCGGGGAAUAGUGAGGAAACCCCAAUGAUUGGAGACAAAGUUUAUGUCCAUUACAAAGGAAAAUUGUCAAAUGGAAAGAAGUUUGAUUCCAGUCAUGAUCGAAACGAACCGUUUGUCUUUAGUCUUGGCAAAGGCCAAGUUAUCAAGGCAUGGGACAUUGCGGUGGCUACCAUGAAGAAAGGAGAAAUCUGUCAUUUACUGUGCAAACCAGAAUAUGCAUAUGGCUCGGCUGGCAGUCUCCCCAAAAUUCCCUCGAAUGCAACUCUCUUUUUUGAGAUUGAGCUUCUUGAUUUCAAAGGAGAGGAUUUAUUUGAAGAUGGAGGUAUUAUCCGAAGAAUCAAACGGAAAGGAGAAGGGUAUUCAAACCCAAACGAAGGAGCGACAGUAGAAAUCCACCUGGAAGGCUGCUGUGGUGGAAGGAUGUUUGAUUGCAGAGAUGUGGGGUUCAUAGUUGGCGAAGGAGAAGACCACGACAUUCCAAUCGGAAUUGACAAAGCCCUGGAGAAAAUGCAGCGUGAGGAACAAUGUAUUUUGUAUCUUGGACCACGAUAUGGUUUUGGAGAGGCGGGGAAGCCUAAAUUUGGCAUUGAACCUAAUGCUGAGCUUAUAUAUGAAGUUACAUUUAAGAGCUUCGAAAAGGCCAAAGAAUCCUGGGAGAUGGAUACCAAAGAAAAAUUGGAGCAGGCUGCCAUUGUCAAAGAGAAGGGAACUGUGUACUUCAAGGGAGGCAAGUACAUGCAGGCGGUGAUUCAGUAUGGGAAGAUAGUGUCCUGGUUAGAGAUGGAAUAUGGCUUGUCAGAAAAGGAAUCGAAAGCUUCUGAAUCAUUUCUGCUCGCUGCCUUCCUGAACCUGGCCAUGUGCUACCUGAAGCUUAGAGAAUACACCAAAGCCGUGGAGUGCUGUGACAAGGCCCUUGGACUGGACAGUGCCAAUGAGAAGGGCUUGUACAGGAGGGGUGAGGCCCAGCUGCUCAUGAAUGAGUUUGAGUCAGCCAAGGGCGACUUUGAGAAAGUGCUGGAAGUAAACCCCCAGAAUAAGGCCGCAAGACUGCAGAUCUCCAUGUGCCAGAAAAAGGCUAAGGAGCACAAUGAGCGGGACCGCAGGAUAUACGCCAACAUGUUCAAGAAGUUUGCAGAGCAGGACGCAAAGGAAGAGGCCAGUAAAGCAAUGGGCAAGAAGACCGUAGAAGGGGUCACCAAUGAAAAAGAAACAGCAAGUCAGUCAAUGGAAGAGGAGAAAGCCGAAGGCCAUGUAUGACACCACGCCAAGGAGGGAAGAGUCCUAAGGAACUCGGCCCCUCCUCCACGGGCUUUCACCCAACUCAGGACUAAACAGUGUUUAAUGUAAAGUUUGUUAUAGUCUAUGUGAUUCUGGAAGCAAAUGGCAAAACCAGUAGCUUCCCAAAAAACCACCACCCUGCUGCUGCCCAGAGCUCUCAUCAAGGGGGUGGCAUGGGACCACUCCAGGUGGAACAAAGCAGCGACUGUUGGUGUGGAGAGAUUGAGCCAGCAGCUUAAGUCCAGCUCAUUUCAGUUUAUGUCAACUUGCAAUAUCCAGUUCAGGGUCUAACAAUUGGGGGCUGGCUGUUAGGUUUUCCAUUUGACUGAACUUUAAUAGCACUGCAGAAACCUAGAAAUAAAUGCUUAAUGAGUUUCUUCUUUCCUACAGUUGGGCAGGGGAGAGUUGGGGGAGGUUUUGUUUUUCAAAUGACUGAAGUGCUGUGAAUGCAUGCUGUUGCAUUUUUAACCAACAGAACCCAAAGGAACGGGGCCGGGUCCCCCCUCAGAUCCCCAGCAGCAUCACUGACCUGGAAGCCAGAAUCUCAGAGGCCUCUCGCUUGCUGACUUGGCUGCCUCCCAGAUCCCCUCCUUAGUAAAGCAGCCUCCUUGUGAGAGCAGGCUUCUGCCCCUCCCCCCAGAGGAGGAACCCUGUCAUUCCUGAAAUACUCUUCAACGCUAAUGAGCAGAGGGGGUUUCUGGAUUAGCUUUCCCUGUUUUGGAUGAAGUUCUGAGAUGCUGAAAUGGGAACAGAACUGUCAGAAUUGUGCUUUUUCUUCCCUCCUCUAGCCUUUUAGGAAAGAAUGUUGAAUCCAGUACUGCCUGCUCGCAUUGCUACCAUUCAGUUUCUUAUUUCCAUUCUAACCCUUGCUGUCAAGAAUUUCAGGCUUGUUCUUAUAAUAUCUGGAGUGAGUGAGUUUAUUUACAUAUCUGUCUAGAAUCCAUGCAGCCUUUUUGUUGUCUUUUUAAAAUUGCUGUCUCAUAAACACAUGUAUACUGAUUUAUGGAAGUUUAUUUACACUCCUCUAUCAUCAUGUUAAAAAAAUUUUUUUGACUUUUUACUACUAAGUAGCUUAAUUUUUAAAAACAAAAUCUGUGGGGUUGAAAAAAAUAAGUCAUCGCCCUUCUAAGUUAAGCAUUUUCCUUACAGGUUUGAUACAGUAGCUUUCUUUUCCUGCUCUGAUAGCUGCUUUGUUCUGGUGUGAGUUGUGAAAAAGAGUUGAAAACAGCUUCCCAUGCAGGUACAUCUAGCCUAAAAUCUCCAGUACUUGGGCAUUGAAUUAGGGCAAGUCUUAACUAUGUACAUGUAGUUGAAUUUUAGUCCUUACGGGUAAGCGAGAUUAAGCAUGGCUUUCUGGUCCCACAGCCUAAGAAAUAAGAAACACUCAUGGGCAUGCAUUUGGCAACCCAAGAAAACAUUUGCUUCAGCCUGGAACAUCUCACUUUUCUAAAUCCUAAAGAACACUGGCAAUUGUAUUUUAGAUUAAUUUUUAUUUUUAUGGUGGUUUUAACAAAACACUUUUAUUGUUGGGUUAGGUCCCAUGUUAAAACCUAAAAAUAAAGUCGUUUCCUUUUAUAUCA